GAUAAUGCGAAGCGCCAGUUUGCUGUGGUCACCCGACGAAGGAAGGAUAAGCCCACAGAAUGUCCUCCCAGUAGUGAAAAACAACAACAACAAUCAUAUCAACAACACAGAAUAAUACAACAGAUUCUACACGAGAUGUAAAGUAGAAGCUGGAAGGAGAAUAAAGACAACACAAAGAAGGACAAAAUUAUUCAACAAGUGGUUUUUGCUACUGAUGCUGCUGCUGAUAUGAGAGACGACCGUGUUCGAUCUUUUCUUGGGUGUUGAUGGUGAUCUUGGUGUGACCUGAGAACGAGAUGACUCCUUGGAAUUCCUCCUACGUCUUCGGCCACGACAACGUCAGCGGCUGGGGUGGACGCUACUUCUUCACGUACUUCAACCAGCUCGGGGACAGGUCCACUAGUUUGGUAGCAUUCGAGGUCGCCGUCUUCGCAAUCAUCUUCCUUGUGUCCAUAGUCACGAACAUUGCUAUAGCGACGUGCGUUUUUCGAUAUCCAGAUAUGAAGACAGUAACGAACAACUUCGUCCUGAAUUUGGCUGCUGCCGAUUUAUUAUUCGCCUUCUCGAUACCAGCGGUGGCUUACUCAAGGGUCACACCGUUCUGGGUACUCGGAGAUGUAGCCUGCAAAUUGAUCCCCUACACACAGUUUGUAUCCGGAAUCGUUCUGCUGUGGACUCUGACGUUGAUAAGCAUGGAUAGAUACAGAUGCAUCGUCGUUCCACCUUACCGCUCCAAGAUAACAACGAAACAAGCUUCUUUGUAUUCCGGAUUAACGUGGGUAUUAACCUCGGCCAUCUUCAUCCCAGUUCCUCUGUGGUUCAGACAACAAGAAACCGAAGACGGAGGAUUCAUCUGCACGAUGAUAUUCCCCAAAUCCGAAGCCAUCAAUUACGCCCUAUGCUUCAUCAUCCCCGUCCUGAUGAUAGCCUGUCUCAUGCCGAUGAUUGUCCUUGUCUACAACUACCAUAGGAUCUUCAAGAAGAUCCUAUCCACCAAAAACACUUGGGCUACCUCCUGCGUGAUGGUCAGCUCAGACAAAAAAGAAAUUCGCCGCCAGAGCGAAGUGAGCAUGUCCGACAUAUUCGCGCCGUGGCCGAGGAAAUUCUCAAACAGUCAGAUGUCCACGACCGGUCGUCACGGCUCUCUUUCGCACCACGAAGAGCUCCGGCUCCACAAACACAUACGAGUGGUCCGAGUCCUGUUCCUAAACGUAAUAGUAGUGUUAAUAAUGUGGUUGCCGAUAACUCUGGUCAUGUUGCUCAUCUUCCUGGAUGGUCGUAGACCAACCGAAGAUCGCAACUUUUUUCUCCGAUCUUACCAUUUCAUAGCCUCCUUGGUCAUAGCUUUUCUGAACACAGUGGUCAACCCGUUGCUGUACGGCGUUCUCAGCGAUAACUUUCGCUCAUGCCUGAUGAAGCUCUGCUGCAACUCCGACGAUCACCAGGAAAACACGAAAAUAAUCAGAGAGAAUGCAACGUUCACUCCGAGCAGUUGCAGAAAUUUCGGCUCGUACAAAACUGCCAUCAAGCAGAGCUCCAUCAACUCAGUGAGCGAGAAUCCCAACGACGUCGUCUGAAUUCCAAUACAUUCUGUACUUAAACGCAUUAAGCAACCAAAUAUACAAGAUUAAGAGAA